GGUUGAGGUAAUAAUGGAGGUGGAUAAGAGCGGUUUUGAUUGGGGGGGGAUGGUUGAUGACUGUGUGACGGCAGGGGUUGUCGUCUUGGGCGAGGGGGGAGGUGGAGCGACCAUGGUGGAGGUAGUGGUGGAUGAGGGUGGGGGUGUACAGGUGGACGGUGUUGGUGUGGAGGUUGAAGCGGAGGCUUGUCCGGAGGAGGCGGUGGGGUGGGGUGUGGAGGAGGGGGGUGUGGUUGUGGUGACGACCGUGAAGGCGGGGGAGUUUCCCUCGAGCGUGGUGACGAUCGGAGAUGGCGGCCAUGGUGGUGUUGAUGGUGGCGAGGGAGGAUUUGAGGGCAGUCAACAUUUGGAGGAUAGUUGCGAGUUCCRGGGUGGUGGUGGUCGAAGUUGGCUGAUCGCCUGCGAGUUCGCAGACAAUGCUGUUGACAAAGUCGAAACGAAGAUCGGACAUGUUGAUGAAAGAUUGGGCCAUGGUGGGGGAAAAGGGGGUGGUUAACGUGGUCGAAGCGGAAGUGGAGGCGGUAGCGGCGGAUGUGAUAGCGGCAGUGGUGGCGGCGGCGGCGACGACGCGCUGGGAGGUCUUGGUUUGGCGUGGUGGCAUGUGGAGAUGCGGGGAACAUUUCCUAUUUACAAGAAUAGAGCGUCGUCAAGUGAUUUAGAAAUGAAGGUAGUAGAGAAUCGCAAAGCAAGAAUUAAUUUUGAAUAAAUUUAAAUUUAUUCG